AUGACAAAAAAUAAGCCAAAUUUCUUGGUUAUUGUUGCUGAUGAUCUAGGAUUCACAGAUUUAAGUGCGUUUGGUGGAGAAAUUUAUACACCUAAUUUGAAGAGACUUGCAGAUCAUGGUGUUAGAUUUACUGAUUUCCAUACUGCUUCAGCUUGCUCUCCAACUAGAUCCAUGUUGCUCUCGGGUACUGACAAUCAUAUUGCUGGGCUAGGCCAAAUGGCUGAAUUUACAAAUAAAUUGCCAGAAAGAUUUAAAGGUAAACCUGGAUAUGAAGGUUACUUAAACGAGAGGGUAGCAGCAUUGCCUGAAAUUUUACAAGAUGGUGGAUACUACACGUUUCUUUCGGGAAAAUGGCAUUUAGGAUUGUCAGAAGAAUAUUGGCCAAUAAAAAGAGGAUUUGAAAAAUCAUUCACUUUAUUGCCUGGUGCAGGUAACCAUUAUAAGUACUUCCCAAGAGACGAUAAUGGAGAAACAUUGAAGUUUUUGCCGCCAUUAUAUUGUGAAGAUGAUCGUGGAGUUAAUGCUGAUGAAGAAAUCCCAGAGAAUUUUUAUUCCACCGAUUAUUUCACUACUAGAGGGUUAGAAUUCUUGGACCAGAAGUAUAGAAAGGGAAGGCCAUUCUUUGGUAGUUUAACUUACACUGCUCCUCAUUGGCCAUACCAAGCACCAGAUGACAGAAUUGCAAAGUACAAGGGUAUUUAUGAUGAUGGCCCAGAAGAAUUACGUAGUCGUCGGUUAGCUGGUGCUGCAAAAUUAGGACUUAUUCCAGACGGAGUAGAACCACAUCCAAUGACAACAAUAAGAAAAAGAUGGAGAGAUUUAACGAAGGAGGAAAAGGAGAUUCAAUCAAAGAUUAUGGAAACUUAUGCUGCCAUGGUCGAAAUUUUAGAUGAAAAUAUAGGUAGAGUUUUAGACCACUUAGAAAGUUCUGGGGAUUUAGAAAAUACCUUUAUUCUUUUCAUGUCAGACAAUGGGGCUGAAGGUAUGUUUAUGGAGGCCUUGCCAUUAUCAAUUCAAAGAAUCUCUGGUUUUGUUGACAAGUAUUAUAAUAAUUCUCUUGAAAAUAUUGGUAAGAAAGAUUCGUUCGUCUACUAUGGGGAUCAAUGGGCUCAGGCACUGACAAGUCCUUCAUCUAUGUAUAAGGCAUACAAUUCAGAAGGUGGAAUUAGAUGUCCCUUAAUCGUACACUAUCCGCCUAUCAUAGAUGCCUCGAGUAAGAAUGGCCAAAUUUCUCACACUUUCACUACGGUGAUGGAUAUCUUGCCUACCAUUUUGGACUUAGCUGGAGUGGAACACCCGGGUACUUCCUAUAAAGGACGUACAGUUGCAAAGCCGAAGGGGAAAUCUUGGGUAGCACAUUUGCUGAGUAAGGAUUCAAAAGUUCAUUCAGAAGAGACUGUUACAGGGUGGGAACUCUUUGGUCAACAAGCCAUUAGAAAGGGUCCUUACAAAGCCUUAUAUAUUCCAGCCCCACAUGGACCAGACAAAUGGCAAUUAUUCCACAUUAAGAAUGAUCCUGGCGAAAAUCAUGAUUUGGCGGAGAGAAACCUUAAAAAAUUAGAAGAACUUUUAAAUCACUGGACUGAUUAUGUUGCUGAGACUGGGUUGAUUGAAGUUGGUGGAGAACUAUUCGAUUGCGAAAAACUCAAUGAAGAUGAUACUAUAGAGUUCACUGUAAUUGAAGACUAA